AUUUUCUGUGCAGGGCGGAGGCAUGUGGCAGGGAGCUGCAGAUCAUGGUCAACGUGUGUGAUUUUUGUGAGCAGGCUACAGCUCUCGCCAGCGAAUGCAUUGAGUACCUGGACCAGACAACACCACCUGUCAAUCAAACAAACACUCAGCCAAUACAACACCAAAACCAAGACCCCAGACUCAGCACUGCAUCCCUUUGCCCGUCUGAUAUCCACACAGCACACGCCUCAGGCCCAACCAACACCAGUGUUUUACUGUCGAGCAAUGACACCUCCGUCCUCCAGACCUUCCAAGACAGGUUCCUUCAGUUCAACUUAGAGAGAUUUCAGGAGGUGGAGUCCCAGGCCAGCGCCCUGCGGGGCUCCAGGGGGAUGCAGGUCUGGAACGCAGCCUGGCUGAGAUGCCAGGAGGCCAGGCAGCAGCUACAGGAGAGGAUGCAGGAUGUGGAGGAGGUUUUCCAACAUCAACCGGAUUCUAGCAGCUGGUGUGAACUCCACUAUGUCGAUGUGGUGAGCACUAACGUCCAGACGCCGUCCUCCGGUGGGCAGAAUCUGGUGGUACAAUCAACACCCGGCCCUGGGCACCCUCAGUGGGAGGGCAUCGUGUCGGGAGCCGUGGAUUUAGGGAAGAGAAGGCCGAUUCUGGGCAGCAACAACACUAACUCAAACACGGACGCCUGCCGUAACAUCACAAGUGAGGAUCCCAGUGAUGCUGUAAACAGCCAGGGGUCAAAGGUCACUCCACAGUCACCUCCCAGUAGGUCAGCAAGAAGAACGGAAAGAGAGACGAGGAGGAGACAGACGAGCAGAGCAAGGAGCGAGAGAGAUGCUGCUGCUCUGUCUCAGUCCCACACUGUCGGCUGCCAGUGGUUUCCAUGGGGACGAGGUCUUGGAUCGAGGUCGGUGAGCCAGGACUCUUGCAUCACAGGAGUAGCAGCAGGUCAUCCACUCCUCCAGAGCAGAGGCUUCGACCCCCGUCAUCCUGCUCACACCACGGUCAGCCGUCUUGUCGGAUCCUCCAGGAGGCUCAGAAGUUCCAGAUCUCCCGCCACGGGAGCUUCUGCUCCGAAGAGUCCUGUAUGAGCAACCGGGAGGCGGCAGAGGCUAACAGGACUUCAUGCUGCAAACACUCCAGCCUGCCCAUCAGGAGAUAUGAGGGGAGGUUUGGUUUGGCAACUCCACAGGAGAAUGCCAGCAAUGUCCUGAGGCUGCAGCGAGUCCUGGAGGAGCUGCUGUUCACAGAGAGGGAGUACGUGCGCUCUCUGGGCUACAUCUUGACCCACUACCUCCCCCUGCUGGACAGACCAGGCAUCCCCCAGGACCUCAGGGGCAAGCGAGGGGUCAUCUUCGGUAACUUGGAGAAGCUUUACGACUUCCACAGUCACUACUUUCUGCCAGAGCUGGAGGCCUGCCAGAGGGAGCCCGGCAUGGUGGCCCGCUGCUUUCUCAGACACAGUGAGAGUUUUGGCCUGUACGCUCUGUACAGCAAGAACAAGCCCCUGUCAGACGCCCUGAUCCUGCACCGUCGCCAUGACAUCUUCAAGAAGAAGCAGCAGGAGCUGGGGGACAUGAUGGACCUCUCAUCCUACCUGCUGAGGCCCAUCCAGAGGAUCAGCAAGUACAGCCUCUUGCUGCAAGACAUGCUGGCUCUGGCUGGCUCAUACAGGCCAAAAGACAUGAUUCAGGAUACACUGCUCGCAUCGAGUGUGUGUGCACAAAGUGUGUGUGGCCCCGGGUCGUAUGUGCCUGAUCCGACGAGCAGUGAGAGGGAGCGUGAGACGGCUGAGAUACAAGCUGCUGCAGACCUGGUUCGGUUUCAGAUGCGUCACGGCAAUGAUUUGCUCACCAUGGACGCCAUCCAGGAGUGCGAUGUGAAUUUAAAAGAGCAGGGCCAGCUGAUUCGCCAGGAUGAGUUCAUCGUUUUCUUUCGGAAGAAGAAAUGUGUCCGCCGCAUCUUUCUCUUUGAAGAUCUCAUCCUCUUCAGCAAGACCAAAAGGACAGAUAUUGGCAACGAUGUUUAUGUCUACAAGCAGUCAUUUAAGACGAGCGACAUUGGGAUGACCCACAACUCAAGUGUGAGCAGCUUGUGUUUUGAGAUCUGGUUCCGCAGAAGAAAAAGUGAAGACACCUACACCCUGAAGGCCUCCAGCUUGGAAGUGAAGCAAGCGUGGACCACCGACCUGGAGAGGAUUCUGUGGGAUCAGGCCACUCACAGUAGAGAGCUGCGCAUGCAGGAGAGGGUGUUCAUGGGAAUGGGCCGUAAACCGUUCAUGGACAUUCAACCCAGUGAUGCUGCCAUCUGUGACCGAGCGGUCAGCUGCGCCCUGCCUGGGAGAAGUAAGGAGUAUAACAACACACAACGUCUUUUUCAAUAAUACAAUAUCAAUAUUUUCUUUAGACUGGCAGCAACGUUUUCCAUUCCAAACUAGGUUUAGUAUCACUUUACAUCUUUACACAAUACAUAUGUGAAUAAAUGGCUGGUUAUGGCUCAGUGGAUGGAUCAACCUUUUAACCACAAGGUCGUGCUCUUACUUUCCACAUG